AUGACAAUCUUAAACCUCUCUCUUGCGGCUCUUUCUUUGGCUGCUGUCUCAUCCGCUGUUGUACUUCCCCGAAAUGAUACUGGGUCCAAGGGAUCACUUGUACAAAAACGACCUGUUCAAGGGUCCGGAGUGCUGAAGGUUCCAGUUACCAAGCAGACCUCGACGGGGAUAACGAAGAGACAAGAUUUCGAUCCUUUGCAGAAUAUUUAUAAUGGAUACUUGAUUGGGCUUGAGAUUGGUACACCGCUUCAGUCUUUACAAGUUCAAAUUGACACGGGAAGUUACGAACUCUGGGUCGAUCCCGAUUGCGCCAAUGGAAAUGAUCCCACUUAUUGUGAAACUUUCAACGUCUACUACCCCGGCAAUUCAUCCACUGCCUCCGAUGAGGGAGAGAGUUUUGAUCUCCUGUACGGAACUGGUGAAGCAACUGGAGAAUAUCUCAUCGACGAUAUUGUCAUUGGAAGCGGAUCUAUACCCCAAACUCAAUUCGGUUGGGCCACAUGGUCUACGUUCGUUAAUGCUGGCCUUAUGGGUAUUGGCCUCGGCUAUCCUUGGAAUCUGGAUUAUUAUGGGGUGAUUGACCAGCUAUAUGUCUAUGGUGUGACGGCGAGUAGGGCGUUUAGUUUGGAUCUGGCCAGUAUUGAUGUUGCUGAUGGGUCCAUUAUCUUUGGUGGUAUUGAUACGAUGAAGUAUAUUGGAUCGUUGUAUACAGCGCCAAUGAUUGAUGGGCCUGAUUCGCCGGAUGGUAGUUGGAGAUAUUGGAUCUACAUGUCAUACGUUGGCGUCACCUUACCCAAUACCACGACUUCAAUCCCUUGCACGACUUCUACUUAUGAACAGGGUAUGUUCCCCGACUCCGGAGCAACACUUUCCCAGUUCCCACCCAAUCUCUUCAAUGCUGUAAUCGGGCACUUCCCUUCUGCAGUCCAACAAUCAGACGGAUCUUACACAGUGGAUUGCGCGCUCCGCAACCAAGCAGGGACCAUCGAUUUCGGCUUCGGUACUAAGAUGAUUCAUGUGAAUUUCUAUGAUUGGCUGUGGGCCGCUAACGGACUUUGCUAUUUCGGUGCCCAGCCAAAUCCCGAUACUUUUAGUCUGGGUGAUAGUUUUAUCAGGAGUGCUUAUUGUGAGUCUUCCCUUUUCAGAGAGGAACAAAAGUAA